AUGCUACGCCUCCGGUUCUGGCUACUCCUACUCACCAACGCUCUGAUAGCACAAGCACUACCAACGCAAGAGAGGCGAGAUGCCGACUUCGCAAGCGUCAGGACAGAAUUAGCCCACGACCGUAGCGGCAAGCGGCGUGACCCCCUCGACAAAUAUUUCCACGAGUCCACCUUCCACCCGCACUAUGAUGGCCGCUUCGCCGCCUCCAAGCUCCCUGAAGAGCAACGUAAACCAGCCCUGACAGCCCUCGUCCAAACCUACUUCUCAACCAUGUCCACGAUCGGCGCGCAAACCUGGAUCAUGCACGGCAGCCUGCUGGGCUGGUACUGGAACCGGCGGAUCAUGCCCUGGGACUCUGAUGUCGAUGUCCAGAUGAGUGAGGAUGGAAUGAGGGAGUUGGCGGGGUACUACAAUAUGACUAUGCAUAAUUUUGAUUUCCCUAGCAUGGAGGGGGAUAGGAGGGGAAAGGGGAGAGGCGAUGCGAAGGGGAAAAGAAGGAGCUACAUGAUCGAAGUCAAUCCGCACUACACUAACGCCUCGACCGCGGACUUGCACAACGUCAUCGACGCCCGCUGGAUCGAUACGGAGACGGGGCUGUUCAUUGACAUCACGACCCUGAGGCGGGAUAGAGAGGCGGAGGCGAGGGGUUACAAGGGGCACAUGUAUUCGAAGGACAAGCAUCUCAUUCUGGAAGACGACAUCUUUCCGCUCAGGGACAGCGUGUUUGAGGGCAUGCCGGUGAAGAUCCCGUACGCGUAUGCGGAGCUGCUGGAGGGGGAGUAUGGGAGGAAGGCGCUGGCGAGGUCGAGUGUGGAGAAUCAUCGCUGGGAUCGGGAGAGGAUGGAGUGGGUCAAGAUUGUGUAG